UAGGUGUGCUCUAUCUCUCACCAUUUGUUCUUUAUUCGCUCGUCGACUUUUAUUAUCGAAGAUAAGAUAUCUCGAUCAGUUAGCGAUGCGAGUACCAGGUACGUUUUUAAGAACAGCAUCCAACAUGGUCGAAUACGUAACCGUACUGAUGAUAUUUUUCUUCAUCUUUAAUUUAAUAAAAUUGACGAACAGUCAAAAUCUUUGGUGUUACGAUUGCAAUACCGAUUUAAGAAAUGGUCCACAAAAUGAGUGCAACGAUCCUUACGUCCCAGGACCUUCUAUGGAUUUGAUAGCCUGUCCUCAAAACGAAUCGUAUCAUUGUCUCAAAGGUGUUGUACUGUAUAAGAAUGUCCUAGUAACGAUAAGGGCCUGCGUACCAAGUCGUAAAAUAGAUCAUUAUUGCGAUCAUGAAAAACAUUUUCCACAUUCUACCAACGAAUGCUACUUUUGCAACAACUAUGCUUGCAAUGGUCAUCCAUCGAUGAAGCCUGACAGUAUUUAUACAUUGGGAAUUAUCCUUUUAAUGCUAUUGAAUUUGUCAAAAAGAUGUUGA